AUGGGGAUUUGUUUUAGUACCGAGUCCACGGAGGACGCGGAACAGAAGAAGCACAGUCAGAUGAUUGAUCGAAAGCUCGAUGAGGACUCGAGAAGGUUACGCAGGGAAUGCAAGAUUCUCUUGCUCGGCUCCGGCGAGAGCGGCAAAUCGACCAUUGUGAAGCAAAUGAAGAUUAUCCAUCAGAAUGGAUAUUCCGUCGAAGAACUCACCCUUUACCGGUUGACCGUCUAUAAGAAUCUUCUUGACUGUGCCAAAGCGCUUAUUGAGGGAUACCGCUUAUUCGAACUCGAGCCUUCCAGUCAAAAGGUGCAAGAUUUUAUCGUUUUCCUCGACGAAUACCAUGUCGACCCGGAUCCCAAUACACCGCUGGAUCCGAAAGUCGGCGAUGCAAUUACUUACUUAUGGAACGACCCAUGUACGUCAACGGUAUUAGAACGUCAAAAUGAGUUUUAUUUGAUGGAUUCGGCCCCCUACUUCUUCGAACAUGCGAAGCGAAUAGCCGCAAGCGACUACAUCCCAAAUGUCUCGGAUGUGCUACGGGCACGAACUAAGACCACGGGUAUAUAUGAAACGCGUUUCACCAUGGGCCAAUUGAGUAUUCACAUGUUCGAUGUCGGUGGCCAACGAAGCGAACGAAAGAAGUGGAUCCACUGCUUCGAGAAUGUCACGUCGAUUAUUUUCUGCGUGGCGCUUAGUGAAUAUGACCAAACCUUGCUGGAGGAAAGCAACCAGAACCGUAUGAUGGAGAGUUUAGUUCUUUUCGACUCGGUGCUCAACUCACGAUGGUUUGUUCGCACCAGUAUCAUUCUUUUUCUCAACAAGGUCGAUCUGUUCCGGGAAAAGCUUCCCCGCUCUCCAUUGAGCAAAUACUUCCCAGAUUAUUCCGGCGGCAACGAUGUCAACCGUGCCGCCAAAUAUCUACUUUGGCGAUUCAACCAAGUAAAUCGUCAACAUCUGAACCUAUACCCACAUCUCACGCAAGCCACCGAUACCACCAAUAUCAGACUGGUCUUCGCCGCCGUCAAAGAGACCAUUCUCCAGAACGCAUUAAAGGAUUCCGGCAUUCUUUGA